UUGGACGGGACGCAUCGCAGGUGGCGGUGAGUGAUGUUGCCCCCUUCGUCUCCGAAAAGAAUCAGUCUUUCCAGUUUCCAUUGCGUUAAUUGUUAUUAGGCCUCUUACCUUCCAUCUUCUGCUAACAACCAUGGACCGUCAAUGGUAUCCUAACCCGAACCCUAACCUGAACCACAGACCAAUCCAACCCAAUGUUUGCCCUUCUUGCUUCAUCCCACACUUCCCCUUCUGCCCCCCUCCUCCACCCACUUCGUCCUAUUACACCCAACCUCCACCACCUCACACGCCACCCUUCCAGCCACCACCUCCCCACGCGCCCUCUUAUUGGCCCCCCGACUCCGACAGAACCUUCAAGAGACAGAGAAUCGAUGAUCCUCACUCCAAUUUCUUGGAAGACGAGCGAAGGCUCAAGCUGAUUCGCGAUCACGGUGUUGCCCUAGCUUCGCAGCAGCAGCACUACCAACAACCACACGAAGAGCUUCGCAACCACAGUAACUACACUACACAUGUUCAUCAAAACGGGUUCCUAAAUUUUCCGCAAAACGGUCAAUUCAGUAACGGUUCUUAUGCGCACGAUUCUUCUAGCGGUAGCUACCAUUACCAGGCUCACACUCCUCCGCCACCACCUCAUGAUUUUCGAAAUCUCGAAGGGAAUCAGGGUCAAUUGAAUGGGAGAGUUGUGCAGUACCCUUACCCUUAUGCCCAUUCUGAUAAUGUGGCUCAUGUGGAAGCAUCAAGAUUCUUCAGGGGCCAGCCUCCUCUUCCUUCUUCUCCGCCGCCUCCUCUUCCUCCAGCUGAUCCGCCUAUUAAUCAGUCUUUGCAGUUGAAUGCUUCUUACUUUUCCCCACCCAAGAAACCGGGGUUUCUUUUUCCUGUUCAUGGAAGUUCCCCUGCUUCUGUGGCUCCCUCUCCCUCAUCGUAUUCACAGGUUCCUGAAGCUCAUGCGUUGCCCCAGCCUUAUUUUCAGAAUAAACAAGUUCCAGAAUUUUCCACUAGUUUUCCUCCUGAGGAACCAUCUAACCGGUUAUUGGGGGAUGCUCAACCUUUUUCACUAAAGCAUUUGCCUGCUGAUAAACCUAAAGUCACUGAUGCGUCACACUUGUUUAUGCAUCCACAUCGAGCUUCCCGUCCUGAUCAUUUUGUGAUCAUCCUUCGAGGUCUUCCAGGUAGUGGUAAGAGCUAUUUAGCAAAGAUGUUGCGUGAUCUUGAGGUUGAAAAUGGUGGUGAUGCUCCACGGAUUCAUUCAAUGGAUGAUUAUUUCAUGACUGAGGUUGAAAAGGUUGAGGAUAGUGAUACUUCAAAGUCUUCGAGUUCCGGCAGAAGCAAGAAACUGGCAACAAAGAAGGUCAUGGAGUAUUGUUAUGAACCUGAAAUGGAAGAGGCUUAUCGGUCAAGCAUGUUGAAAGCAUUCAAGAAAACUGUUGAGGAGGGAUCUUUCACAUUUGUCAUUGUGGAUGACCGCAAUCUGCGGGUAGCUGAUUUUGCUCAAUUUUGGGCAACUGCAAAGAGGUCGGGCUAUGAAGUGUACAUUUUAGAGGCAACUUACAAGGAUCCUGUGGGUUGUGCAGCAAGGAAUGUCCAUGGAUUUACACAGGAAGACAUAGAAAAGAUGUCUAGGCAGUGGGAAGAGGCUCCUUCGUUGUAUUUGCAGCUUGAUGUCAAGUCAUUAUUUCAUGGAGAUGAUCUAAAGGAAAGUAAAAUUCAGGAGGUAGACAUGGAUAUGGAAGAUGAUAUUGGAGAUGCUUUGCCUGCAGCACAAGGAAGAGAAGCCGAGAAAGUUGUUGACCCUCCUGUCAGGGAUGACACAAGUUCAAUUAAGGAGGAUGUGAAGGGAGGGGAUGCUGAAGGGGAGCAUCCAACAGAAGUCAGGGAAUUGGGCAAAAGCAAAUGGUCAGAAGAUUUUGGUGAAGAUGACACUGAUCAAACUGAAGGUAUGAGGGGCAAUAUUAAUGCUCUAUCUGGGUUAAUUCAUCAAUAUGGCAAGGAACGAAAAUCUGUACAUUGGGGUGAUCAGGCUGGCAAGUCAGGGUUCUCAAUAGGAGCUGCAAGGAAGUUAAAUGGUUUGUCUUUAGUGAUUGGACCUGGUGCUGGAUACAACCUGGUUAGUUUCUUGCUUUGUGUCUUCGUUUUCAUUUCACUACUGUUCUUUGGUUUUCCUUUCUAUUCAGUGUUUCCUGAUAUCUGUGCAAAGAUAUUCGGUUUCACGGUUUUCUACUUGCAUUUUCCUACUUUUCUUUACAACGAAGUUAAGGCUUUGUUUGGUUUUUGCUUUUAUUUUUCGUGUUUUACACUUCAGUUACCCAUUUUCAUAUUUUCCCUUAACAAAAUCUUAAAAAUGAUAACACUAUGGGUGAAGCUAAGCACACACCCAAUUUAACUAAUGACACACCCUUUGUGUAUGGACAAAAAUAUUAUUUUUCCCCCCACUAACUAUUUCUCUCUUGGAAGCUUUUUGUGAAUGAAGAUGCGGAGCAUAAACGCCAUUAUCGUUGCAUCUCCACCCUCUGUAGUUGCCUCCAAUGUUGCUGGUCAUCACUACUCGCAAAUCCGUCUCCUUCUCAGUCGCCUUCUCCCUCUCUAACUCAGUCCCCUUCUACUUCUGCAAAUCCGUUUUUUUUUUUGUUAAUUAAAAAUAUUUUAUGUGGGUGAGAGAAGAGGUGCUGGUGAGGUGGCAGAUGAGAGGCAAGGUGGAGGUAGGGUGGGGUGACGUGGAUGGCUGUUGAUGGAGUGGGAUCCCGCUGGUAGGGGAAAAACAAAAGAAUUGUAUGAAAUAUGAACACAGUUUCCAUGGAGUGGAAUGUUGAUGUAAGGAUGGUUUCAAAGUCCUAACUUUAGGUGAUCGAUUAAAAAUUUAGGAGGGAUGGAUAGUAAGGUUGUUU